GUUUCUCUGGCUACACUGAAGCCUGGAAACCACAGGGGGACGUUUCUGCUGAUGGAGGACCCUGAGAAGAAGCUCAACCAGAAGAGUGACGGCAAACCCCGGAAAGUACGAUUUAAAAUCUCUUCCUCCUACAGUGGCCGAGUGUUGAAGCAGGUCUUUGAGGAUGGGCAGGAGUUAGAGUCGCCAAAGGAGGAAUACCCUCACAGUUUUCUCCAAGAGUCCCUUGAACCAAUGGAUGGUGUUUACGGGUCUGGGGAAGCCCCCAAACCCCGUUCGUACUCUCCUAAGCUGACUGCUCAAAGGAUCAGCGUGUUUAGAGAGGGCAAUGCCUACACUUUGGCGGGCAGCCAGCCUUUCUUCAAUGAUUACAAGGCAAAUGACCAUAAGUCCCCACCUAUUAUAGAUUUUGGAAAGAUAAUCAUCUAUACGAAUAACCUGAAAAUCAUUCGAACCCCAAUGGACAAGAGAGACUUCAUGAGGAAAAUUCUCCAGAAGGAAGAGGAGGCUGAGGAAGAAUGUCUGAUAAGCAAAGAAGAAAUCUAUGGAGACAGCGACCAGAACGAUGGGCAUUUGGCAGGGACAGAAAGCACGUUCCCCCACAACCAGUACCCACAGGAAGGGGAACUUCCAGAGGACAACUGUUUUCACUGCCGAGGGUCGGGCAGUGCCACCUGCUCUCUGUGCCACGGCAGCAAGUUCUCGAUGCUGGCCAACAGAUUUAAGGAGUCCUACCGGGCCCUGCGGUGCCCUGCCUGCAAUGAGAAUGGCCUGCAACCUUGCCAGAUUUGCAGUCAAUAGCCCGUGGCUUUGUACGUCCGCUUUUAUCUCAUCUUCCCUAAAGUGAUUUCUAAUAAACGGCCCCCCUCCUCCUUCUCCCUUUCCCAGCAAGGAAGCCACAGCGGCUACGAUCACUUCCACCACUGGCAAAACUCAAUUACUUGAUGACAUUUCAUGAGGCUAGUAACAGCUCCGUGUGGGUCUAAGUGGCAGAGGCGUUUGCGAAUUAGACUUGGCUUUGAAACUGGUUCUAAAAUUAUCCUCCCAGGACUGUGUGCGUGUAUCUCCCUUGAUUUAGCUCAGUUUUCUCCUUGUGCUAGCGAACCAAUAAAUGUACACUUCAGGCAGCAGGUUGAAGUCGUUUUCUGGUUGGGAGUUAUUUUGCAAACUUAUGCAGUGAAAAAGGAAUGGAAAAGGCAGGUUUCUGAUGAACCGAAUUCCUGUUGCUUAUAAUGCAUUUCAGAUCGUCAUUGGUCAAAUUGAAUUUUUAAUUAAGCGGAAGAGGGAAGGGAUGCCCAAUGCCCAAGUGUACAAUCAGGCCACUAAAAACAAAACAGUAUGUAUGUGCUUCGUGCUGAAGACAGGCCAGCUGAGGAGGCCUUUCUUUCAAUGUCCCGAGUCUCUCCUCUGUGAUGUGCAUGGAUAAUAUUCAUGCAGGCGACAAGCAAUUUCCUUCUUAGGAUGAGAUAAGAUAAGACAUUUCUGCAUGCCUCUAAGCUACUGCGGAUAUAAGCCAAGUCAAAGCUAUUGAUGAUAAAUUUGGUGCUUAAGUAUUUGUGGGUGAUAUGACUUCUUCCAGUCCCUGAAUUAUUACCAAAUAAAUAAAUCAAUUUUAAGUCUAAGAUAUAGCCACGAUCUCUUCAUAAAAGACUGCAUAUUUUCUAGGUGUCUUUUGGAAACCUCUAAACGAAAAACUAACCAAGGCUGAUUUUUAACAAUUAUCCUUUUACUGUCUAUGAAUACACAUAUGAAGGAUAAUUCUUUCCUCUUAAAGUUGGUUAUACAAUUAGAAAGAUACUUUUAUUCAUGAACUUUUGUAGCUCUAAUGUCUA